GGCCCCAGCGCCAGCUCCGCGACUGUGCAGGUGGGGCCGGGGCAGGAGCGGGAGCAAAAGCGGGAGCAGCACCAGGAGCAAGAGCGGCUUCUGGAGCAGGAGCAGCAGCUUCAGGAGGAGCAGCAGCAGCAGGAGCACGAACAAGUUUCCCCGGGCCGGGGGCGGGGGGGGAACGAAGUUGCGCGGGGGCGGCCCCUUUGUUCCCGGGCCGAUGCGGCGCGCCUAGCCCCGGCGGUGGGGCCGCAGCGGGGGCAGGGGCAGCCCUCCGCCGGAAAACUCGGCGCCGUCCCCCGCCUCCCCUUCCUCCUCCUUCCUCCUCCUCCUCCUCCUCCUCCCCGCCGAUGCUUCCCCGGGCGGCGGGCGGCGAUGGAGCGGGGCGGUAGCGCGGCGGCGCGGUGCGGAGCAGCCCCUCGGGCAGCCGCCCGCUGCCCCUGAGCAGGGAGGAGGAGGAGGAGGAGGAAGGCCGCGGCCAUGGAGGAGUGGCGGCAGUGCGGCCGCUGGCUCAUCGACUGCAAAGUUUUGCCCCCCAACCACCGGGUGGUCUGGCCCUCGGCGGUGGUCUUCGACCUGGCGCAGGCGCUGCGGGACGGGGUGCUGCUGUGCCAGCUGCUCCACAACCUCUCCCCCGGCUCCAUCGACCUCAAGGACAUCAACUUCAGGCCCCAGAUGUCCCAGUUCCUCUGCUUGAAGAACAUCCGAACCUUCCUAAAAGUGUGUCACGACAAAUUUGGGUUAAGAAACAGUGAUCUGUUUGAUCCCUUUGACCUCUUUGAUGUUCGGGAUUUUGGAAAGGUAAUCUCGGCAGUAUCCAGGCUCUCCUUCCACAGUAUUGCUCAAACCAAAGGAAUUAGGCCCUUCCCUUCGGAGGAGACCGCGGAGAACGAUGACGACGUGUACCGCAGCCUGGAGGAGCUGGCCGAUGAACACGAUCUGGGGGAGGAUAUUUAUGACUGCGUUCCCUGCGAAGAUGAAGGUGAUGAUAUCUACGAAGAUAUCAUCAGAGUGGAAGUUCAGCAGCCCAUGAAAAUGGGCAUGACAGAAGAUGACAAAAGAAAUUGCUGUUUGCUAGAAAUCCAAGAAACCGAGGCCAAAUACUACAAAACACUUGAAGACAUAGAAAAGAACUACAUGAACCCACUGAAGCUGGUACUGACUCCCCAGGACAUGGAAGCUAUUUUCAUCAAUUUGGAGGACCUAAUUAAAGUGCACUUCAAUUUCCUGCGAGCCAUCGACGUCUCUAUGAUGUCUGGAGGAAGCAGCCUGGCAAAAGUAUUUCUGGAAUUCAAAGAGAGGCUACUGAUUUACGGCAAGUACUGCAGCCACAUGGAGUACGCCCAGACCACGCUCAACCACCUCAUCGCAAACAGGGAGGACGUGCGGCAGAAGGUGGAGGAGUGCACGCUGAAGGUCCAGGAUGGGAAAUUUAAAUUGCAAGAUCUGCUGGUGGUUCCAAUGCAAAGAGUUUUGAAAUACCAUCUCCUGCUAAAAGAGCUGCUCAGCCACUCGUCAGAGCGCCCAGAGAAGCAGCAGCUGAAGGAGGCUCUGGAGGCGAUGCAGGACUUGGCCAUGUACAUAAAUGAAGUAAAGAGAGACAAAGAGACUUUAAAGAAAAUCAGCGAAUUUCAGAGUUCUAUAGAAAAUUUGCAAGUGAAGCUGGAGGAGUUCGGGAGGCCGAAGAUAGACGGUGAGCUGAAGGUCCGCUCCAUCGUGAACCACACCAAGCAGGACAGGUAUUUAUUUUUAUUUGAUAAAGUGGUGAUCGUCUGCAAAAGGAAAGGCUAUAAUUACGAGCUGAAAGAAAUUAUCGAGCUGUUCUUCCACAAGAUGACGGACGACCCUAUGAACAACAAGGACAUUAAGAAGUGGUCCUAUGGCUUCUACCUAAUCCACCUCCAAGGAAAGCAGGGCUUUCAGUUCUUCUGCAAGACAGAGGAAAUGAAGAGGAAGUGGAUGGAGCAGUUUGAAAUGGCAAUGUCCAACAUAAAGCCAGAGAAAGCCAACGCAAAUCACCACAGCUUUCAGAUGUACACGUUCGAGAAGACUACCAACUGCAAAGCGUGCAAGAUGUUCCUAAGAGGAACGUUCUACCAGGGCUAUCUCUGCCCAAAAUGUGGAGCUGGUGCUCAUAAGGAGUGCUUGGAAAUCAUUCCUCCCUGCAAGAUCGGUUCUUCAGCAGAGCAGGAUUUGCUGAGUGCUGGACCUGGUCCCAAAAUGGUGGCAGUACAGAAUUACCAUGGGAACCCAGCGCCGCCCGGCAAGCCAGUGCUGACAUUUCAAAUUGGGGACGUGAUUGAGCUGCUGAGGGGGGACCCGGACUCGCCGUGGUGGGAGGGGCGGCUGCUGCAGACGAAGAAGUCGGGUUACUUCCCCAGCUCGUCGGUAAAGCCCUACCCUGUGGACGCGAGGCCUCCCAACAGCCGGCCGCCAUCCCGGGAGAUCGACUACACAGCGUACCCGUGGUUCGCAGGGAAUAUGGAGCGGCAGCAGACGGACAACCUGCUGAAGGCCCACGUCAGCGGCACCUACCUGAUCCGGGAGCGGCCGGCCGAGGCCGAGCGGUUUGCCAUCAGCAUUAAGUUCAAUGAGGAAGUGAAGCACAUCAAGGUGGUGGAGAAGGACAACUGGAUUCACAUCACGGAAGCCAAGAAGUUCGAAAGCCUGCUGGAGCUGGUUGAGUACUACCAGAGCCACUCGCUGAAGGAGAGCUUCAAACAGCUAGACACAACGCUAAAAUACCCGUAUAAAUCCCGGGAACGCUCUACCUCCAGGACCUUCACCCGCUCUCCAGUGUUCACCCCUCGGGUCAUAGGGACGGCGGUGGCGCGCUACAACUUCGCGGCGCGGGACAUGCGGGAGCUGUCGCUGCGAGAGGGCGACGUGGUGAAGAUCUACAGCAGGAUCGGCGGCGACCAGGGCUGGUGGAAGGGGGAGACCAAUGGAAGAGUUGGCUGGUUCCCCUCAACGUACGUGGAAGAGGAAGGGGUGCAAUGAUUGCGGGGAUGUCUGCUGGAAAGUCGUCGAGCGCCCAGAGCGAGCCGCCGCAGCCCGUGCACGGUUGUCCCGGCACCCAGGCUCCACGUGCGGCGCGAUGGGACUCCUGCCAGGACUGCCGAGAGCGUCGCCGCUCUUCGCAGACUCUUUAGCAAUCAGUUCCUCUGUACAGUGUGUGUGCGUGUGUGUGUGCGGGCCUGGGGGCGCCGCUGGCCCUGGCCGUGCGACGUGUAUAGAAGAUGGGUGGUCUGUGGGGUAACGCGCGCGUAGCAGCUGCAGAAGUCCCGGGAAAGCCGCACGCCCCUGCAUGGACGGAGCUGAGAGACUCUGUGCGCUUGUCCCCCCGCCCCGGGAUGGUGUCCAGACCUGUUUUCUAAAAGUGUUUUAAAGCCCACCGUGGUGGCGGUGGGAGGAGAAGCCGAAGGCCUGGGUUGCUGCCCAGGGGUGCAGAGGUGGGUGCGCGGGGGGCUGGGGCGAAGGGGGCAGCUCGGCUGUCCUGCCCUACACUGCCUCGGUGCUGCGCGCCAGGAUGGCACCCGAGGGAGUGGAGCAGGGACACCCUGCUCAGGACGAGGAGCGGCUGCUGUUCGUCUCUGGAGGAUGCCAGCUGUGAACCAAGGAGCGCGGCCGAACCUCAGAGGUAGGCUGGAAGCGGACCUUCAGGUCAGAGCAGGAGGGCAGAACGCCUUGCGGGCUGCCCAAGCCCCUUUGUGCACAGCUCCCUCAGCCCCCCCGCCUUGCUGAGGGUGGAGGGGGCAGCCCGGGAUACUGAGCGGCUCCCAGGAGGGCUCGGCAUGUUGCAGGACUGGAGACAUGCCUUGCCACGCAAUAGUUUUGGAGGCCACCGGGCGAGCGGGAGCACCCCUACAAGGUCAAUUUUCCUGGCAGCCAUUUCAAGGCCCACCUCACUGAGCUCAUGGGGUGAACCCACAUGAGUAAGGGCUACAGUUCCCGAGUCGUGAUUUAUCUCAACGAGUCCCGAAAGCAUCUCUUCUUUCCCAGCUGUGUGCACUUUUGGGGGUCGUGAGCAUCGCCCCCUCUCUUCCUCCCACAGGCUGUUGCUGCUGCUAAGGGAAAGGUCCGUCUGUCUGUGCAUUGCCACUUUGUCCCAAGUCCCGUCCAUCCGAGUUUGUUCUUCCCAUUUCGCAGCCCCCGUAGCUGAUAGGCAGUGCUGCUGGGUGGAGAUCCAGGCCAACAUCUUCUGCCGGGCACUGGCUUUGCCAUCCAGCUCCAGCAUUUCCUUCCGAAAUGCUCCGUUUUGAACAAAUCCUUGUGUGUGCGUGUGCGUGUGUGUGUGUGCAACAAGGAACAACUUCCCUGUCUCCUAUUUCUGAGCUCCGAGAAAUGCCCUCCCAUCUCUCUGAAUAAGGGGCAUUUUGAGCUGGUGCUUCCAUGCCCUGAAGCUGGCCCCCUGGCACUUGGGGUGGUCUCGCUGUGGGCAUCGUGCUAGCGCAGGUCUGGGGGUGCUGGGGGGUGCUGGCAUUGCGUGGCUCUGCGGUGCUGGUGCAGCCCCGACACCCAGCACCACGCUGCAUCCGAGUCAAACGGAGCAGCAGUGCCCUGCUCAGGGUAUUACGUGGGAGAGUCUGGGGCUGAAAAGGGAAAUGUAUGAACUGGGGGACUAAACUUUGUGGCUCGGUGAGAAGCCCGGAGCCAGGCCGGUUUGCUCCCUGGUGCUCCUGGAUAGGGCCAGGAGCAGAAGGGCUGUGUGGGGAGGGGGGUGGGUGUCCGGGCAGGGACCAGCCGGGCUCUUGGCUUUACCAAGGUACUGUUUGGUGCUAACCUCUCCCAGGCCAGCUCAUCGGUGCUCAGCUCGGGGUAUGUCCAAGGGGUCCUGUUUGUGAAAGGAGCUGAAUGGGCCGUGCUCUGCAAGGAAACUUUUGGGGUGCAGCAAGGAGGGAGCAGGCAAAGCCCUGCUCCUCUCAUUUGAACAGCUGAUUUCGGUCAUUUUGGCAUAACCAAGGGUGUUUUUAAGGCGGGUGUGACGCACGCACACACACACCAGAGAUAAAAUGUCUGCUGAUGUUCUGCCUCAGACGCAGCUAAAGCCUUAUGCCACCCCCCCAGCCCAGAAGCCGUGCUCCCCACGCCGGCGGUGGGCACAUCCCCUGCCGCAGGGGCUGCGGUGCUGCUCCCGUGCCCCCCCAGCCCAGCCCCGAGCCCCCUCCUCCAGCCAGGUCUCCCUCUCGUGUUUACUGUUGUAAGAAACUUGUUCAAAAGAUUGUCUCGUUUGUAAGUAAUUCUUCAGCCAUUUUGCCACGGUAUAUAUCUGUGAAUAAGAAGGGAAAUGUUUUUUUUAUGACGGUGAGAAAAUUGUAUAUAUAUUUUAGUUCAUCACGGAACAUUCAGAGUUGCAAUGGGAUACGUUGGAAAAUAAUAUGUAAAUUCCUUGGGUUUUUCCUUUGCACUGCACUAACUGAGGUAGAAGGGGCUCGGGUGGAGGGGAUUUAAAGAUCAAACUGUUUGUUUAUGGAAUAGUUUAUAGCUGGGAAUUUGGAAAUCAUUUGGAGUAGCUUGUAAUGCUGGAAUAGAAACUUUAGCUGCUACUUAGAAACCCUUUUGCAUGUGGUUUUUCCAGACCUUUUUAAGUUACAAUACAUCAAAGUAAAUUCCACAACAAAAAAAAAAUAAAGUGUAAUUUUGCUGAUA